AUGAUCAGGCCCCUUCUACUCAUCGUUCUCCUCCUCACAUUCAUCACCAAAUCCUCAACAGAACUAACCUCUACUUCAAAAACGAAAGUUACGACCAAACCCGAGCCCCCAGCUCCAAAACCUGACCCCUCUGCUCCAGACAUGAAACCAAAACCCAACCCCGCUGCUCCAACGACGAACGUGAAAUCCAAACCGGAGACUCCAGCCCCUGCUCCUCCCACUGAAAAGGAAGGAGAUGACCACGAUUUACCACGUGACCAUGUUCAAGAAGAGAACCCUCAUGCUGAACAGACCAAAAAUAAGCCAGUGGCUAAACCUGGAAGGCUACAUAUCUACACAUUGGACGAGACAAACACGGGCGUAGACAUACCAAUGGACAUAACAAUGGACAUAACAUUGGACAUAAACAUGAUAAGGAAAGGAAACGGAUACAAAGUAAAAUGUAUAAAAAACACGUGGGAAAAACAGAAAGGAAACACAGACGAAAAGGAAUGUUGCGGAGUAAAGAGGAAUACUUACGACGACUCGAACAGAGACGACAACAGCGACGUGAAUAUCUUAAAAGAUUUCGUGAAAGACGUCAGCGUCGUCUUAAAUACCUAG